GCCCCGCGUGGCGUCUGCUCCUGCCGCGGCUGAGACCGGGACGCGGCCGGCGCCCGGGAGUCCCCGCUGCCACCCGCUCUGAGCCUGACUCCAGCAGCGGCCGGGCAGGGAGCCAGGGCUGGGGGCACCCGCCCGCUCCUGCCUGCCCUGGCUGGGCUUCCCCAGGGGCUGCUGCCCGCUGACCCCUUCCUGGGGGUGGGGGUCCCCCCUGCCCUAGGAGCCCUGCGGGGAAGCUGGCACCGGGGAUGCCCCCGGGGAGCUCUUGGCUGGGCUGGCGACGAGCCCCGCGCCUCCCGCCAGCCUGAGCCCGGGCAUGUGCUGGAACCCAUCGUAGCGCAUGGUCGCACCCGUCCCGCCUGCCGCCUGGACCUCCUGCCCCCGGGACUGCCAUGGGGCGGCGGGGGCUGGCCCGCCCCUGCUCUCUCUGGCUCUGCCUGGCCCUCUCGCUGCUCGCCGGAUCGGCCCACGGGGACCCGUCGGGGAGCAACCGCUCGGGGGCCACCAGCAGGCGCCCCCGCAGCUAUAAUCAUCUGGAGGGCGACGUGCGCUGGAGGAGGCUGUACGGCGCCACCCACUUCUUCCUGUGCAUCGACAGCAGUGGCAAGGUGCAAGGCACACGGUGGAAGGAAAGUCCCAACAGCAUCCUGGAGAUCCGGUCGGUGCGAGUGGGUGUCGUAGCCAUCAAAUCCGUGCACACGGGCUUCUACCUGGCCAUGAACAAGAAGGGGAAAGUAUACGGGUCGAAGGAGUAUAACCCCAACUGCAAGUUCAAAGAGCGCAUCGAGGAGAACGGCUACAACACCUACGCCUCACUACACUGGCGCCAUGGGGACCACCACAUGUUCCUGGCCCUCAACGGCCAGGGCAAGCCCAGGCAGGGGGGCAAGACGCAGCGUCAACACCUCUCCACUCACUUCCUGCCCAUGCUCGUCUCCUGAGACGCCCGCGGCCGCCCUGGACCGAGUCGGGCUGGGGUUUGUAUGUUUUUUUUAAAAGGACUUUUUUGUGCUAUUUAUUAUU